CAGGCCUUAAUAAUGGUGUAGCCUCCCAGGUUCUCUCCAUUGCUUCCUGCAAACUGGAUGAGCUCCCUGCCACCUCCAGUCUUUCUGUCGGCCUCCUGUUGUCACCCCAACCUCUCUGGAAUCUUGUCUCCAUGCACCCCCAGAAAGACAUCCUAGUCUCCUGUGGCGAGGACCGACUCUGGAAGGUGUUGGGCCUUCCAAAAGGCAACGUGCUUCUCACGGGAUUUGGCCACACUGAUUGGCUUUCAGACUGCUGCUUCCAUCCGAGUGGCAACAAAUUGGCUACUUCAAGUGGUGACACUACAGUUAAAUUAUGGGAUCUACAUAAAGGCGAUUGCAUUUUGACCUUUGAAGGACACAGUCACGCAGUAUGGUCCUGCACGUGGCACUCCUGCGGCAAUUUUGUGGCUUCCUCCUCACUGGAUAAAACUAGCAAAAUCUGGGAUGUUAAUAGUGAAAGAUGCAGAUGUACACUGUAUGGACAUACAGAUUCUGUGAACAGCAUUGAGUUUUUUCCUUUCUCCAAUACUCUUCUCACAAGUUCCGCAGACAAGACCCUGUCUAUAUGGGAUGCAAGAACAGGUAUAUGUGAACAGUCACUUUAUGGUCACAUGCAUUCUAUCAAUGAUGCCAUUUUUGAUCCCAGGGGUCACAUGAUAGCAUCCUGUGAUGCCCGUGGGGUUACAAAGCUAUGGGACUUUCGGAAGCUGUUACCAAUUGUGUCCAUCGAUAUAGGUCCAAGUCCUGGCAAUGAGGUGAAUUUUGAUUCAUCAGGUCAAGUUUUAGCUCAGGCAAGUGGCAAUGGUGUUAUCCAUUUGCUCGAUCUUAAAUCUGGGGAGAUUCACAAAUUGAUGGGCCACGAAAGCGAGGCACACACGGUUGUGUUUUCUCACGACGGGGAGAUUCUGUUUUCUGGAGGCUCUGACGGCACAGUUCGAACGUGGUCUUGACUGUCAGCACAUCCCGCUGCAGAGGGCAUUCCCUUUAAGGCUUGAAAAUGCUUCCUGUAGUCCCAAACCAGCAAAUAACUGGUUAAAUGUGCCAGCAGGUAACAUUUACAGUCUGCUUUAAAAUAUGCUUUGGACAUAUAUUUUAGUGCGCAUACUGUUACUAAUAAAAAAAAAAAAACUUUAUGCUCA